AGUCACAGACUUGAGGAGAGUUGUGUUGUUUUCUAUCUGUUUUAUUAUUAUCAAACGCCGGGAAGCUUUUCAAAGCCGCAAUUUUUAUUUGUUUGCCUUUGAAUUCGAGCAUCAAGAAACGAUGCAAAUCCAGUGCAAAGCUUUAUCUUUUACAGUUUCUUCGAUUUCUUCUAACCCAAAGCUACCAUUCCGAUCUUCAAUAAUCAGUUUAAGGUCAUGGAAGCCUCCACUCCCGAGUUUCAGGAGGAGCUCCUCUGUUUCCGGAGCAAAGUCCUUGGAGUUUAACAGAUUUAUAAGAAACUGCGCAAGUCCCAAUCAGGAGCUUGUUGUUGAUGGAGAAAGCGGAAAUGGGUCGAUUACGGAGGAAGAAGUGAUUGAGCUUCAAGGAGAUGGAAAUGGUUCGAUUUCUCCUGUUGAAGUGGAAGUAGAAGCUGUCAAGGUAGAUGACUUGGCUAAUCAGAGCAUUUGGGGACAGAUGAAAGAGAUCGUCAUGUUUACCGGACCUGCCGCCGGACUGUGGCUAUGUGGGCCGUUGAUGAGUCUCAUUGAUACGGCGGUGAUUGGUCAAGGAAGCUCACUCGAGCUCGCUGCUUUAGGAUAAAGAUGAAGUACAACAUCAGAUAUCGAUCUUGCUUUUCAUUGGGUUGGCUUGUGGAGUCACAAUGAUGUUGUUUACAAGACUGUUUGGUACCUGGGCAUUAACUGCUUUUACAGGGGUAAAGAAUGCUGAUAUUGUCCCGGCGGCCAAUACAUAUGUUCAGAUUCGUGGUUUAGCAUGGCCAGCUGUUCUCAUUGGAUGGGUUGCUCAAAGUGCAAGUCUUGGUAUGAAAGACUCAUGGGGACCUCUAAAGGCAUUGGCAGUUGCUAGUGUCAUAAAUGGUGUUGGUGAUGUGGUCUUAUGCACCUUUCUAGGAUAUGGUAUAGCAGGUGCAGCUUGGGCAACCAUGGUGUCACAAGUUGUUGCAGCUUAUAUGAUGAUGGACGCAUUAAACAAGAAAGGAUACAGUGCUUUCUCAUUCUGUGUUCCUUCUCCAAGUGAACUUUUGACGAUCUUUGGGCUCGCUGCCCCAGUCUUUAUAACUAUGAUGUCAAAGGUUUUGUUUUAUACGCUCCUUGUGUACUUUGCUACAUCAAUGGGUACAAGCGUCAUAGCUGCUCAUCAGGUUAUGCUUCAGACAUAUUCCAUGAGUACGGUUUGGGGGGAGCCACUCUCUCAAACUGCACAGUCCUUCAUGCCUGAGUUAUUAUUCGGAGUCAAUCGCAAUUUGCCUAAGGCUAGAAUGCUUCUGAAGUCCCUUGUUAUUAUUGGCGCUACGCUAGGAAUAGUAGUCGGAACCAUUGGCACAGCAAUUCCAUGGCUGUUCCCUGGCAUCUUCACACAUGACAAGGUUGUCACAGUCGAGAUGCACAAGGUCAUAAUACCAUAUUUCCUUGCUUUAUCCAUCACAGCGAGUACUCACAGCCUCGAAGGCACCUUAUUGGCUGGAAGAGAUCUUAGAUAUAUCAGCUUGUCAAUGACUGGAUGCUUUGUGGUUGCUGGGCUUCUACUUAUGCUCCUGAGCAAUGGAGGAUUUGGCUUGAGAGGAUGCUGGUACGCGCUUGUGGGAUUCCAAUGGGCUCGGUUUUCUUUAUCUCUUUUCCGCCUUCUAUCGCGGGACGGUGUACUUUACUCGGAAGAUACUAGCCAAAAUGCUGAGAAAGUGAAAGCUGCGUAGCUCAGUAAGUCACCGUAUACAUCACUUGAAAAAGUCUUAAGGAAUAGAGAAGAAGAGCUUCAUUCAGUUGUAGAUCAAUGAAAAACAUAUACUUUUCAAAUUGUAUUCUUGGAAGAACAGGAAAAUAUCUUUUUAUUGAAAUGGAAAAGUCUUGCCAAGACUGUCUUGGCAUAAAAAGGCAUUGCCUAGUUAAAA